GGGGAAGGGUGGGCUGGUAGUAUAAGUAGCGGCGCCUGGUGCAGUCCGGCAUCACAACUCAGUCAGCAACACAACAAGCAACAUGAUGUCUGCCAAGGUCUUCGUGGUGGCCGCCCUAGUGGCUGUGGCCUGCGCCGCCCCCCGCCCCGACACCCCCCAGUCCUACGGGCCUCCUCCUACCCAUACCUACAAGGAGCCAGGUAUGCCCUACGACUUUGCCUACGCCGUCAAGGACGACUACACCGGCAACGACUUCGCCCACGACGAGAACAGCGACGGCACCGUGACCUCCGGCUCCUACAGGGUGCUCCUGCCCGACGGCCGCACCCAGAUCGUCACCUUCAACGCCGACCACACCAACGGCUACGUCGCUGAAGUCGCCUACGAGGGAGAGGCCUCCUAUCCCGCCCCCGCACCAGCCCCCUACGGGCCACCCGCCCCCUACGCCUAAGCCCCAACAGCCCGAGGACUGCCACCGCCCACUCUACACGCCCACCAAGCUGCGACAGGUCAGCUUGGCAGUGUCCCAGAGUGGGGCGGACGGUCCUGCCCUCCAUGAUGUAACUUAAUGUAUUAUCUUGCCAUAACUUAAGGUCUUCUGGCGGCCGCCACAAAGACUUACAGUGGUUGUAAAUUAUCCCUGUAAAUAAAGACAUUUACGAUAAAUA